UUCACCAAGACUCUGCUCAACCUCAGCGUGGACCAGAACUUCAACCAAAACCUGGCCGGAAACCUGUUCAACCCCGCCAUGGCUGGAGGCUUUAAUGCAGGCAUGGCAACCAGCGAUGAUUCUAACUUCACCAACAACAAUGAGCUGAGGAUCGUGAUGGUGGGGAAGACUGGAAAUGGGAAGAGCGCCACAGGAAACACUAUUCUUGGCUGCCAGUGCUUUGAGUCCGAGUUCAGUGCCAAGUCCAUGACGGUGGACUGCUCCAAAGGCAAAGCCACAGUGUUUGGUCAGCAGGUGGCGGUCAUUGACACUCCAGGCCUGUUUGACACCAGGUUCGGCGAGAACAAAACCACCAAGGACAUUUGCCAGUGCAUCUCUUAUGCUUCUCCUGGACCACACAUCUUCCUGGUGGUCAUCAGGCUGGGCAGAUUCACCGAGGAGGAGCAGCAGACGGUGCAAAGGAUCCAAGAAAUCUUUGGCCAGGCUGCAGACAAAUACAGCAUGGUUCUCUUUACAGGAGGGGACCUUCUAAAAGGUUCCACUAUCGACGGCUUCCUGGCUGAAAGCCCAGAGCUGCAGGAACUGGUGGCCAGAUGUAACAACCAGUACCACGUCUUCAACAAUGAAAACGAAGAUCCCUCUCAGGUCCAGGAGCUGCUGCAGAAGAUCAGAAACGUGGUGCAGAAGAACGGAGGAAGCCACUACACCAACCAGAUGUUCCAGGAGGCUGAGAGGGUCAUCCAGGAGGAGAAGAGACGCAUCCUGAGGGAGGAAGAGGAGAAAAAACAAAAAGAAAAAGAAGAGAUGGAGAGGAAGCUGCAGGAGAAACAUGAUAAAGAGCUGCAGAGAAUCAAUGGAGAACUGCAGGCUGAGAGAGAGCAGGAGAGGAAGGAGAGAGAGGAGGAGAGGAAGGAGAGAGAGCAGGAGAUAAAGAUAGAGAGGGAGGAGAGAGAGCAGGAGAUGAAGAAA